CGAUUCUAUCAUCACUGUCCGAAACUGAACAUCUCUUUCUCUCUCUCUCAACAUGCUGAUGAAAGAGAACAGAGAUAACGAAGAACACACCUAAGACAGACAUAUAUAGUUAUAGUGACCAUCGAAAUGCAAGAUCCAUCAAAUUCAAACCCUAACCCUAGCUCCCAGAAUGCUCACCAGAAGCCAUCAGCAGAGACAACGACGUCGUUCGCAGACCGUUCCGGCUCAUUCAGGCCGGCUCACCACCGGCGAGCCCACUCGGAGGUGAACUUCCGGCUGCCGAACGACCUAGAUCUCGUCUCCGACCCCUUCGAUGCGCCGUCUGGGAGUUUCGAUGAGAUCGGAUCGGAGGACGAUCUCUUCUGCACUUACAUGGACAUUGAGAAGCUUGGAUCCAGCAUAUUAGACGGCCGGAUCGACAAUGCGGGCGGUGGCGGAGGCGGAGGUGGAGGAGCGGAGGCUGAGGCCGUUGAAGGUGAAAAUGUUGCGAGGCCUAGGCAUCGACACAGCAAUUCUGUUGAUGGAUCUACUUUUUUUAGUGAGAGUAUAGAAGCCAAGAAAGCAAUGGCUCCUGAUAAGCUUGCUGAGUUGUGGACAAAUGAUCCCAAGCGAGCUAAGAGGAUUCUGGCCAAUCGACAGUCUGCAGCUCGUUCAAAAGAGAGGAAGGCGCGCUAUAUAUCAGAACUUGAGAGAAAAGUUCAGACCCUUCAAACUGAAGCAACCACUCUUUCUGCGCAACUUACACUGUUCCAGAGGGAUACAACAGGUCUUAAUACAGAAAAUGCUGAGCUUAAGCUUCGGUUACAAGCUAUGGAACAACAAGCUCAGUUACGUGAUGCUCUGAAUGAAGCACUGAAGCAUGAAGUAGAAAGGCUCAAAUUUGCCACUGGAGAAUUAGCAUCUGCAUCAGAUAUAUACAAUUUUGGAAUGCAUAAUGUUCCAUAUAUCCAGUCUUCCUUUUUCGCACGUCAGGCACAACCAGGGAUCAGUGACUUCCAGAACAUGCAAAUGCCAGAGUUUCAUCAGUUCCAGUCAAACAUGUCAACCCACCAGCAGCCUAUGUUUGCAGCAGCCCACUCACUGUCCCUCGCAGAGAUGUUGCAGCAGGAUCCGCUUGGUCGUAUGCAAGGGCUUGAUAUCAGCGGCAGAGGCUCUCACUUUGUGAAGUCCGAAGCUUCCCCCAUUUCUGCCAGUGAAAGUAGCAGUACAUUUUGAUUCGAACUUCGCUGAUCAGCCCCUGGCGCCACCCUAUUUGUUAAAAAUUGUUCAUAGACUGACACCUAAUUUAGCAUCCAGAAUUACCAUUUGUUCAAAUUUAAUUCUAUUGAUUGGAGAUUCAAUAGGCCUUGUGUUGAUUUUAUUUUAUUUUUCUGUAUCAUUUCUUAUGAUGUGAUCAUUUAUGGGAAUGAAAGGUUGCUCCCACUGAACUGGGACUGUAUGUUCUCAUGCCACGCUUCUCCUUCAUACUUUAUUUAUUUUUUUAUAAAUUAAACUCUCUCUCUUAUUGGGAGAUGAGUUCUGUUUAACUUA